AUGGCUGAAAAACGUAUUGAUGAGACGGGGUUCAAGAAGACUGUAAACCUUCUUCAAGGAUAUAUUAAAAAUGUUAAAGAAGAAGCAAGUGCCAUUGAGAAGAGUGGCAAAAAUCUCCAUAAUUAUGCUUCAAAAAUAGAAGAAUCUUUGAAGUUAUUGAUGAAAGAAAAAGAGGACAAAUUAACAAACAAAUUACAUCUUCACAAAUUUUUGAAAAAUGUUAAUUUAACGGGUGACGGAACAACUGUUUAUAUUAAAGGUUUUAGCAAUAUGAUGACUUUUGGAGCCGAAAAACCAUUAUCAAAAGAAAAUGGGAUGUAUUUUGAAGUUGAAUUUACAAACUUCAAGUGA